UCCCAUUUGUUUGUUUGUCAAAAACGAUUAACCAAGGUAAAUUAAAUUAGUUCAAGUAAAAGUUUAUUUUGACUGUAAGGAUCUUUCAUUAACAACAUUACGAUUUGAAAUAUGAAAGUUCAACUCUGACAUUGCGAAUGAAAUGGAUGAAAAUCAUAGGAUUGCGAAUGAUUUUGAAAAUCUACUUGUUAUUGGAGACGACGACAACCACAACAGACAAGAAAAUGCUAGUCAAGUUAAUACGUCAUGUGAAAAUUGUGGACAUAGAGAAAAAGUAAGAGGACGGAGAGACUUGAAUAAUCUCGAUAAUGAUAUUAUUAAUUUGAAUGAAAUUGAGAACAGACAUGUUGGCAAUCAAGAGCAAAAUCUAGGAAGAUCAAAUUCAAAUGUACUGUCUCAGGUGGUUAAUCGUCAGAAAAAUACAGAAGAAGAUAUAGAACGCUCUGGAAUUGACCAUCAAUUUGUUUCAACAAGUACCACAAAAAAUAAUGGUUUUUCAUUGGAACAUCUGGGAAGAUCAAAUGUACUGUCUCAGGUGGUUAAUCGUCAGAAAAAUACAGAAGAAGAUAUAGAACGCUCUGGAAUUGACCAUCAAUUUGUUUCAACAAGUACCACAAAAAAUAAUGGUUUUUCAUUGGAACAUCUGGGAAGAUCAAAUGUACUAUCUGAGGUGGUUAAUCGUCAGAAAAAUACAAAGGAGGAUAUAGAAUGCUCGGGAAGUGACCAUCAAUUUACUCAAACAAACACAACAAAAAAUAAUGGUUCACCACAGAUCAAUCAUCAUUUUCAAGCAUGGAAACUUUUACUUAAUGUCCACAGCUGCACUCAGAAGGCUAUCCUUGAUCACCUAAAUACUUCUGAGCAUUGCAUUCUAUGGAACAAUACUGUUGUUUUUGGUCGUGGUGAAGAAGUCAACUUUUUCAUAAAUGAUGAAGCCACUUCAAGGAAUCAUGUUGAAUUAGUUGGCCAUAUUUUGUCAGAUGGCCAAGCUCAGUUUAUGAUUAGGAACGCAAGCAGCAAAAAAAUGAUUUACUUCAACAAGCAAAGAAUCAAAAGUAAUUCUAAAUGGAUUCCAUUAAAGACAGGAGAUGAAAUAGCAAUUUCAGGCUUGGUGUUCACCGUUCAUAUCGUUCCUGGAACAUUUCAUGACAUGUUUUCUAUUCAGUUUGAUUUGCCAAAGGUUUAUGGAACAAGCAUUGUCAAUCCAUCUUACUCUAACAUCAAGUAUAAAACAUGCAACCACGAGACGAAUGUUCUACCAGAAAUGCAAGUACCUGUUUCUCCACAUCAAUCUUAUCACUAUCCACAGCCAUAUCCUAAUUUAGCAGAUCACACAAGGGAAACUCCAAGGGAAGAACCAAUUAACAUGGAAAUAUCAUUUGAAAUGGUUCAGAAUGCUUUCAAACCCUAUGAAGGAAAGGAAGGUUAUAUCGAUUUGGCCAAUUUACAAUACAUUGCUCUUGAGGUUGUUGGCGAAUGGAAAGAACUUGGUCGAGUACUGGGAUUGUUUGAUUGGCUAGUUAUAAUAAUAGACAAUGACUACAGAAAAAUUGCUGAAAAAAGCUAUCAAAUGAUGAAGACUUGGGUUUACUUGAAACCACAUGAAGCAACACUUGAAAAUUUGGGUUCAGCUUUGAAACAUUUAACGGUUGAACGCAGAGACCUGGCCGAAAAAUAUUGUAACAUCGCCGUGCAAAGCCGCGGCGAAAGAAAUGGCCACAACUGAUUUUAAAUAAUGGGUAUAAAAUUUUGUAUUUAAUGGAUUUUGUAAUUUUAUUCUAAAAUCUCUAAUUCUAGAUUUGAAGCAUUUUUA